AUGGGUAUUCUCGCUGCUCUUGAUCUUCAUCCAUACACCCUUGUGGUGUCGCUGUUCACAGUGCUUUUGAUCCAGCAGUUGGUCGGUUUCAUAGGCAAGUCAACCAUCCAGGAGUUUGCCUGGUUGUUCUAUCUUCGUGUUGGAGGGAAAUUGGGACUCCUGAAUUCGUUUGUAGCCCACACCAAGAAACAGGAAGAGCUCCACAAGCUCAACAGAGAAAAGAGAUCAAUUAGUGCACAGGAUGAAUACGCCAAAUGGACCAAGUUGAACCGUCAAGCCGAGAAACUAACUGCCGAAGUCAAGUCCUUGUCUGAUGACAUUGCCAAAGAUAAAAGUAAGAUCAAUUCUUUGGUAGGUGUAGUUCUCUUAUUCCUAACUACUCUACCAUUGUGGGUAUUCCGUCUUUGGUUUAGAAAAUCGGUAUUAUUCUAUCUCCCUACUGGUGUAUUCCCAUACUACGUAGAAAGAGUUCUUGCCAUACCCUUCUUUGCCUCGGGAUCUGUUGGGUUGACGGUGUGGAUGUUUGCUGUGAAUAACGUCAUUUCUUCAGUAUUGUUCUUACUUACUUUUCCUUUCAAACCUAGUGUACCUAUUCCAAUCAGGCAGACAAAGGUAGAAGAAGUGGUACCGGAAUCCGCUGAAAGCAAGGAAUCCAGCCCUGAAGUCAUCGAUAUCGCUGAUGCAAACUAG